AUGGGCGCCAUUGACAGUCUGCUUCGCAAAGCCGACGAAGAUGGAGUCAGAGUCUUUGGUGUCACCCCGACCACCCUCCCCGGACGGGGAAUCGGGAUGGUGGCUACUCGCGACCUGGAAAAAGGGGAUGUUAUCGUGACUAUACCUGCACAGGCUAUUCGCAGCCUACACACAGUCCCGGAGGAUGUUUCUCGCAGACUCUCGCGAGACAUGUCCAUUCAUGGCCUUCUGGCUGCUGAGCUUGCAUUGCGCCGCGGUGAUGCGGCGGAUUGGGCCGGUAUUGUGCCACAAUGGACUGAUUUUGAAGCCACGGUGCCGAUGCUGUGGCCCGUUGAGCUCCAGAGCAUACUCCCUGCGGAAGCCAAGAGCCUUUUGGCCAAACAGUGCAGCCGAUUCGAAACCGAUUGGAAGAUGUUCAGCGACGGCUUUCCGGACGAACUGCGGCGAGAUUACUUGUAUGCAUGGCUUCUCGUCAACACAAGGACAUUCUAUUUCGAGACGCCGGCUAUGGUCGCAUUCCCGUGGCACGACCGGUUAGCAUUGCUUCCGAUCGCCGACCUAUUCAAUCACGCGGACACGGGCUGUUCUGUUUCGUUCUCGACAGAGGGUUACGACAUUACUGCAGACCGUUCGUAUUGCGCAGGCGAUGAACUGCUCACGUCAUACGGCGAGCAUUCCAACGAUUUCUUACUUGCCGAGUACGGAUUCGUCUUGAGAGACAAUCAACACGACAAACUGUGCCUCGAUGAAGUUAUUCUCCCGCGGCUGAGCCGAGGCCAGGAAUCGGAAUUGAAGGAACAUGGCUACUUGGGGGACUUCAUGCUUCACAAUGGGUCCAAGAGGAGCGACAACAUUUGGGUUGCGCUGCGGCUGCUGUCCUGUGUCAAUGCUGACUGGCAGAGCUUCAUAGACGGUGAGGAGGAUGAAGAAGGUACGCUCGAAAAAGCGACUGGGCAGCUACCAGAUUUGCUCGAGGAAUACUUGUGCAAAAUCGAGGAGAAACUGGGUUUGGUUCGUGUGUUGCAGGUUGGCAAGGCAUGCCAGAGAGACCUGCUUGUCCAGCGAUGGGAACAGAUUCAGGCCUUCAUUAGGCGGUGGCUGGAAGACCAAUCUUCUGGCGAAUGA